CGCCGCGGGACUACGGCUCCCAGAGCUCCCAGGGCGCUCCUCGGGGAGUCGGGGCGGAGCGAUCCGCUCGCCGGGCAUUGGCGCGGGAGGCGCUCGCAGGGAGAGGCAGCGCCGGGGGCGGUGCUCGGGCGGGAAGGCGCGGAGCGGGAGGUGCUGGAGCGGCGAGCGGGACAUGGCCGAGGCGGGGCCGCCGCCGCCGCCGCCCGCGGCGGUGCCCGAGGGAGCGCGCGGAGCCGAGCCCCAGAGGGUCCGCGGUGGGAGCGAAGGGUCGGUGCCGCCGGAGCUGCCCGGCGGCGACACACGGGAGCUGCUGGAGGAGGUGGAGCUGCAGAUCGGCGACGCCGCCUUCUCGCUGGCGAAGAUCCUGGAGGCGACGUCGGCCGUGUCGGCCCAGGUGGAGGAGCUGGCCACCAAGUGCUCGGAGAACGCCCGGUUCCUCAGGACGUGGCGGGACCUGCUGCGGGAGGGGUACGAGUCCCUGAAGCCCAGCGGGUGAGGCUGAGGCUGAGGCUGACCGAGCCACGCCGGGUCACUCCGAGCUGCCCGCCCGUAUCGAACUGCAGCGGGAGUUCUUUUAAAACACCUUCUUUAGGGAAUUCACGCGGAGUUUUGUUGUCCCUCAGCGGCUCCCCGUAAGCCUGGAUUUUUUUCAGAAAUACUUGAUGACUCGUGUGGAUGUCGUAUGUAAAGAAAACUUUGUUUAGGGAAUAAGUUUUGACUUCUAGACUCGUCAUUGCAGCUUAAGCGAUCUCAUACUCUCCCGCCUUUUUUUUUUUUUUUUUUCUGUGCUAACAUGGUAGAUGCAAAGGUACAUUCAGAACUCAUUACUUGUGGGGAAGUGAUGUCCUGUGAGGAGGUAUUGUCAGCCCUCCGUGUUAGGAGCUGUCACCAGCAGAAACCCUGCCAACUUCAGAGAAACUUGAACUCACUUUUUUUUUUCUAUGCACAAUUUUCUUCAUGUUGUGGAAUGGAUAAUAUGGCAAGUUGUGGCUUAUUUAUGAGCUUUAGAAAAAUCCUAUAUCCCAGACCUCACUAUUUUUAGCAAUAUUGUGAUGUCUGUCUAUCAAGCUGCAGAUUUUUUGCAAGAAGUUUUACUAUUGCAAACUAUUUUACAUUAUCUUUUAUUGUAAUAAAGUGCCUUAUGAUGGACCACAUAUCUCUGCAUGGUAGAAGUUUGACAGCAUUGUUUACUGACAGGAUGGAUUACUUUGAACUAUCAGGAAAAGCUUCCAUCAGUUAGAAAAGAAUCUGCAACAUGUAUUCUCCCACCGCUCAGGAAGCACCUCAGAGCUUUUUCAGUAUUUGGUCCUAUUUUUUUAUCUUUGCCUUAAGCAGUUUGUUAGCCUAGACCUUACUGUUAUCAGAACCUUUUGGUCUGAAAGAACACUAAUUGGUAACUGAAACUCCUGUGCCACGCAGGGCACUGUGGAAAAAAGUAAUGCUGAAGUACAAGGGCAGGCUGCAGGAUAAUAUGACUCUACCACGAUUCAUUAGUUGGCUUUAUUCUUACUGGUAGGAGUCUUAGAAAGACCAACUGUAGUUUACUUAUCAAAAUAAUAAAGAUGAUACCAAAAUUCUGAA